CUAGCUAAACCGCGCGUCGAGCCCAGCCCCCCGCGCUCGCAGCUGCCAUUCUCUCCGGCCACAUUAUACACCCUGUGACACUCCAUCGUGCAGUCUCGCAACGUGUGCCCAAUUAUUCGCCCUCAAACGCCCUGCAAGCCAAGUAAUCAUGUCUGCCAAAUUAGCAUUCUUCCUGGCCGUGGGCGCCGCAGCCGUCAACGUGAAGACGGAGGAGCGCACGCUCAUUCAUCCGGAGCGCCGCGAACAACUGAACAAGAUCAAGGCCAUGGCCACGACCUGGGAGGCGCGCGCUGGUCGCUGGGCGCGCGAGGCGCCGGGCGCCAGCGCUCCCGUGCUCGGCCAUUUGGGAGACAACAAAUUAAACGUGGCUGCCGCUAAGGAACGCGGCGAGGUCGUCGAAUUCGUGCCGAAGCUGGUCAACCCGAUCCCGGACUCCUUCGAUUCGGCCAAGGAGUGGCCCAAGUGCGCCAAGCUCAUCAACGACAUCCGCGACCAGAGCAAUUGUGGCUGCUGCUGGGCCUUCGCCGGCGCCGAGGCGGCGUCGGACCGCAUGUGCAUCAGUACUGACGGCGAGAAGAAUCUCCCUAUCUCUGCGCAGGACGUCUGCUUCAAUUCGAACGUGAACGGCUGCAACGGCGGCCAGAUCACGACGCCCUGGACCUACAUCCGCUGGCGCGGCGCGGUGAGCGGCGGCCAGUACAACAACACGGGCCCCUUCGGUAACAUGGGACUCUGCUCGAACUGGGGCUUCGGUCAUUGCCACCACCACGGUCCCCAGAGAGAUGAUCCCUACCCCGACGAGGGCGCCGAGGGUUGCAAGUCGGAAAAGUCUCCCCCGGGCCCCACGAAGUGCGACAACUCGGCCAAGGGGUCCCACGCCGACUUCAAGGGGGACAAGUACAAAUUCCACGGCACGACGGAGACGGCGUCGGGCGAGGAGAAAAUUCAACGCAUGAUCAUGGAGGGCGGCCCCGUCGAGACGGCCUUCACCGUGUUUUCGGAUUUUGAGGACUAUGCGGGCGGAAUUUACCAGCGCACGACGGGCAAGCCGGCAGGCGGCCACGCCGUCAAGAUUGUUGGGUGGGGCGUCGAGAACGGCACGAAAUACUGGAAAGUAGCGAACAGCUGGAACCCCUACUGGGGCGAGAAGGGCUUCUUCCGCAUCGUCCGCGGCAAGAACGAGUGCGGCAUUGAGGACCAGGUCACGGGCUCGCCGUCCGGCGCGAAAUGGACGAAGGCGUCCGAGGAGCUCUAGGCCGUACUGUAUACAUUGCUUGUUAAAAAACAC